ACACCUGGUUGCCUAAGCCUACCCGUGCCCACCGUGACCAGCAGGUUUCUGAGCACACACCCAGCCUGGCUAUCCAUGAUCAGUCCGCAACUAUUCAAGGCGCCAUGGAGAUCCUCCAAGACUUGCGCCGGCAAAUCCAGGCUGGUCUGGAGCUUGCCAGGCGGCCGAGGAAGCUCUUGUCAUCAAAGCCACAGAACCCGGCAGGGAAGAGGCAGCAGGGGCCCCAGAGCACCCGGGACAUGCAGGGCUCCUUCUCAAAGAGUGCUUGGGCUGCGACAGAAGGGACGUGCUCUUCCUUGGAUAGGGCUAGAAAUUUGCACGGCCAGCAACACAAGGAAGCAGUGGCUGAGCAGGAGUCUUGUCCACAGAGGGCCUGGACAGCACAGGGGCAAGACACCUCCUUCCAGGGGCCUGGAAGCACCCCAGAAAAGCCAAUUCCCUUCUCACAGCGGCCCUGGAGUGCCCUGACUUGGCAGACCUGCCCGCAGAGGGCCUGGGAAGCUCAGGGACAGGAUACCUCCUUCCAGAGGUCCGGGAGCCCUAUUAAAAAGCCAAGCCCCUUCUCACAGCGCCCCUGGAGUGCUCUGGCUGGCCAGGCUUGUUCACAGAGGACUCACACAGCUUGCAAAGACUGGGAGGUGCCUGGGUCCAGUCCGUGGAGCUCUGUGGCUAGGCCACACCCCGCUCUCCAGCAGCCGUGGAGUAGUUCUCCCGUGCAGAGAUCCAGUCUCCACAGCAAGGGCGAAUGUAUUGUCCCUCCUCUCUCAGAAGUCAAACUGGCUUGGCCAGAGACUGCCCAGGGCUUCCCUCCGAGCAAACCAGCAAGGGAGCAGGACACACGGGAGAGCCCACCCUGCCCGAGGCCGCUGCGGUCUCUGGGCCAGCCACGUAGCUCUGAGUCCUUGCGUGACUUCAUGCGUCAGAAGGCCCGGGCCCGUCGGCAGCAGGCCAUGGAGCAGAAGGCCUCGGCUGCACACGCGCUGGAGCUGCGGAACCAGAGGCUGCAGGAGGUGUAUCGGAAGCAGAGAGAGGCCAUCCUUGGCAAGGCCAUCCCUGUGGUCUCCCAGAGGAGCCCUGGCAUCGUCACCUUUGUUCCCAGCACCGUACAGUCUGGGGGCCUGGAAGGCCCCGGGAGUCUGGGGUCACCACUGAGGAAGUGGAGCAAGGUGACAUCUGGCAUGGUGCUUGGGGACAGAGAGGCUCCAGACAGUUUCUGUCUGUGUUUGAACAAACCAUGGAACCGUGCUGACACCCAGGACAUUGGACACCCCCCAGAAGGCAUGAGUGGUGUCCCUCUGCUACCCUCAACUGCUUCCUCCCCUGGCCCCGUGAAGCUCCAGGACCCACCCGGGGGAUUCUGCAUCUACCUGGAUCCCCAGGACACUGAGCGCCCGGGCCCAUCGGGCCUCCUGCACUUCCAGUACAAGCAGGCCCGGCUGCAGGCCCUGGAGACCAUGGCCGAUGUCCUCAAGCAGCGUAUUGACAUCCUAACCACCAAGCUGCACAAGUCGACAUUCCCGGACACAGCUGGUGACCUGGCUCCGGACAUGCUGCCCUUGGGUCCCAGCACAGCACCUGUCACCCCCACUCUCACCCCUCCCUCUUACCUCAGAAGCUUAGUGUCUGACGGGAGCAUAGGAACCCCCCAGGACUGGGUGGACCUGCAGGCCAAGCCCCUUCUCCCCAGCACCUACUUCCAGGAUGGUGAGAUGCUGCCCUGGAGUCCCAGCUGGGAGCCGCAGAGCUUGAACCUGGGGGUCCACGGUCCGGUAUCCAGCACCCCCGCCUCAGUGUCUCAGGUCACCCCUCACACUCAGCCUUGCCCGGCUGGCUCAUCAAGUCACGGGGCCCUUUCCAAAGGUGUCAUAGAGGAGAGACACCGGGAACUAGAGAAGAAGCUGCAGAGAGAGAUGGCCACCCUCCAGACGCUCGGCGCCUGCAUGAGGAGCUCACUUGGGCUACCAGCUGCACCAGACCCCGCCUGUGGCUCCCUUUGGCAGGAGGAGAUACCGGAAGCCAAAAAUUCAGGCUUGGUAACGCCCUGGACCACUCAGAGCUGCGGUCAGCAGGAGCCCAAGGGGCCACAUUCUGGAGGCCUGCAUGGAGGGCACCUGACCAAUUUCCAGCUGAAAUCUUUGAGCUUUCUCGAGUCACUGAAGCUGGACCAGCAGAAGCAGGACCAGGCACUGGCCCUUCUGCGGCAGCGGGCAGAGCAGGAGGUAUGGGAGACGCAGAUGGCACUGGAUGAACUUCUCUUCAAACACCAGCUGAAGCAGCGGAUGGAGAAACCCUCAACCCAGCAAGGGCCAGAAAAGGCUACAAAGCUGGAACAGCAGCGGAUGUGUGGUGGCCUAGAGCCAAGCACAGUCUCCCUCAACACAGUGACAACCAGAUCCAGAGACAACACCGGAUCCUCGAAGCAUCCUGAGGAAGCAAGAGCAGUUUCUGCAGGACUCAACCGCGGCCUGCUUUCUCCGUCGAAGUUGGAGCCCAUGCAGCAGGACCCAGCUCCCUCCCAGCGGGCUCUAGCCAAGUUCUUCCUUUCAGAUAGACCCACCUACAAGUGGAGCACAGGGAGACCAGAGCCAGGAACAGAAAAGUCCAGGACCUUCCACCGCUUCACUAUUGCGAUGCUGGAGCAGAGUCUGAGAGACGAAGAGCUGCGUGCGCAGCACCAGGCUGCAGUGCUGCGACUGCGUGAGCUGGUGCUGGAGGAGAAAGCCCGUGCGGAGCUGACCUGCCUGGAGCAUCAGAUAGGGUGUCUGGGGAUUGUAGGACGUGAAGCAUCACAGACCACACUGCGGGAAAAGCAACAACAAGCUCUCAGCAGGCUUGAGAAGGAGCGGAGGGAAAUCCAGUACCUGAAGAAGGUGUGCUUGUCCCUGCACCGUGGCAGGAAGCAGCUCCUGCAGCAUCAACAGUCUAUCCUCGAUGUGCAGAGGUCCGUGGCCCACUUGCGGCAGGAGCUCCAGGCUCGAACCAAGCUGCUGCAGAGUUCCAGCCCCAGCAUGAAGGUUACCUGGGAAGGGGUCUGCGACACAAGUCAGAAAACAGAGGGACAUAGACCUGGAAGCCCCCAAAGCCACCACCCCCAGGAAAUCUCCGAGAGCUCAGAAGUUGCAAACCUCCCUGAGCAGAAGGAAGGGAAACCUCCCCAGACAACUCCAGUUGCAGAUGAGCACCUGCAGCCUCGGAGGCUGAAGUGGGCAGAUAUGACUCCUGGGACUGGAAGCCCACCUGUGGAGAGUGGACAUGACAACCAAGGACCUGGAAAACAGCCUUACGUCUCUCCCCCUGGUCUGCUGCACUCGAGCUCUCUGGACCCUGAACAUCAGAAACACCCAGCCUUUCAUAUCAUCAAGAAAGAUGGCAGCCCAGCCUCUCAGCUGAAGCCACAGGAGGCCAAAGAACCGCCUCCUCCAGGCGACCUACAGACCAAGCCCAGCGCAGCCUGGGCAGUGGAGAGACAGCCCACAGACAGCCAUGCUUGGAGCUUGCAUGGACAGUGUGGGCAGUCCCUAAGUGGAGAUGGUCCUUGUCCUGAGGAAGCCAGAGAGGCUGAAAACAGAAUAAAUCAAGGGCUAGGCGUUUCCCGAAGCCCCAAGGGCGAACGCCAGGGAGAGGCGCAUUGGCAGUCAGAGCAGCAAAGGUGUGCAGCAUGGGCAGGGAGAGAAGCCUGUCAACAGGAGAACCCGGACAUCCCCUCCACCCACCUGGAAGCUGACCAGAAGGCUGCUUCCCUAGCUCCUGUGGCCAGUGAGGAGGAGGCCCAGCCUGCCUGGCACCUAGACAGCCUUCCGUCCCAGCCUGCUGCCAUCUUGGACACGUGUUCUGAGUCUGCUUCUAGUAGCUUCUCAGGGUCUUCCGAAGCCCCUGCCUUAUCCCUCACCCCUUCAGCGGGCUCAGCAAGCAGCCUUUCCUGUUCAUCUCUCCAGGAGUUUCAGAAGGCCACAGCCACCCUAGUCCAGCUUUCUAACAGUUCUGCAUCCCUGUCUAACUUGGAGGCUGAAGAUACUCUGCCUGCAGAUCCCAGUUGGUCUAGGGAGCUUUCUGCUCAUGAUUCCUGGGAGAAACCUGGCAUGCCUUCAUUCUGGGACCUCCACCAGGGACUUCCUCAGCUGGAGGGGCUUCCUGAGGAUGUAGGUCAAGUGACCCUGCAGAGACUGAAAGGCAGUGAGGCCAGACUCCUGAGUGGCUUCUCUGGGAAGGCAGCUGUGGCAGGAAGCUCAGAGCCAGGGUACAACUUCACUCAGGCAGGCUGGCCAUUGUCGUUCCCACAUGCUUCUUCCCCAAGACUGGGGUCCGAGCUGUCAGAGUCCUCCAGCCAAAUCUGGGAUGAGAACGGUGAGGAGAACCUUGAGGAACCCAGCCCUUGUGUUGAGCCACCCUCAGGAUGCUCCUUGCCUGCAAAUGAUUCUUUGGACCUGGAAGGCAGUGGAGGGCCCUAUACCUUCCUUCCUUCCCCCAGGCCUGGGAAAGAACAAGAAGCUUCCAGAACCAGUAGGAGCCUGACUGGUGCAUCGAAUACAGGGGAAACCAGGCAGAUGUCCCCAGUGGCCACUUUCACAGUGUCCCCACCCCAGAUCCCUUCUAUCAGUGACUCGACUCUGCCACUGUCCUUUCCUUUGGACACUUCCACCUCUGGAAGGACAGGUCUCAGCAAAGCAAACAUGCCUACUGAGGUCUCAGCUGGCUACCAGGGGGAACCCCAGGAUGCUGAUACUAGUCCAUCCAUACAGAGGAAGUCCCUACAGGCCUUGCCUGAUCCUAAGGCUCCCGUGACCCUAAAGGCUCCUUCUGAGGACAGAGCUCCCCUUGUCAUAGAGGUAGCCAGUCCGUCAUAUGUAGAUGGAUGCCUAACUGAAAUACUGUCUCCUGUGGAUGAGGAACUAUCUUACGGCAGUGGGGACCUUCCAUCCUCCAUCCACAGGGACACUCGCCUCCCUCUUCCACCUCCUUCUCCUCACGCAAAGAGUGACAUCAACGAGCCCAACCCCAGCUCAGAAGACUUCCCUUCCCCGCCUGAGGAGGCCAUGUUUCCAGGUGACUCACUGGACACCCUAGGAGAGGAUACAUCCAUUACUGUUGAAGACAUGUCCUCUUUAUCUGAGGAGGCUCUGGAGGAAGCCCUUUCCCUGGGGCCCCAGAAGUCAGGACACUGCCUAGGAGCAUCUGGGCAAGAUGGAAACCUGGAUGACUCAAGUUCAACAUCUCCCUUGAGUAACUGGGUAGUCAGUGCCCCUGAGACAUCCCCAAGACUGCCAGCUCAGCCCCUGAGUCUAUCCCCAGUGGCUUGUGUGACCCAAAAGAACCUUGAGGAGGCCUCAGGCAGUCAAGGUAGACCUUGGGAAGCAGCACAGUGUUUCAAGAGUGCAGAGCACCAGCUAGGAACAGAAUGUCUUUUAGACAGAAGAGCAGCCACAUCCUCACCCUCCUGGUCUGCACCCUCUGAAAGCCCACCCCCGGGCCCUAGGCCCUCGGUGGCCAGUGGCCAGGCUGAAUCCCCCAAGCACACUAGUAAGAAGGAGAAGGAAGGUCAGAGCUGCUGGACAGAGGGCCAGCCCAAGCUCCAGGAUUUGUUGGACAGACAGGAGCUCUGUAGGAGAGACUCAGCUUUUGACCCUGCCUCUGGUACCUGUGUGGAUCUUCCAGGGACAGGAGAUGCUGGGCCAGUGGAUGUGGUGUCCACCCAGCUCAGCAGGAGGAUCUUGUGUGACUCUCUGGCUGCACUGUCAGGGUUGGCCCCUGGAGACAACCCCUAGGGGUGUGCUUCGAAAUGAUAGGAACGCAUAGACAUCUGACAUGUGACUGUGUGUGUGUGUAUCUGUGUGUCUGUCUGUGUGUGUGUCUGUCUGUCUGUCUCUGUCUGUCUGUAUACACGAGAACCUGAUUUGAGGGACCUGGUCUUCCCAUUGUCAUACAGAAUGUUCACACUGCACCAGGCUGGCAGGAUAGUUAUCUGAAACAAUCAACAGUCAUGGGUGAGAUUCUCUCAUGCCUAUUACAGGCUGGCUCUGUCUGCAUUUCCCUGGGCAGAGUAGGCUAGCUUCUAUCAGACUCUCAAAGGGUCCAAACCUCAGUGAUUGAGGCAUGCACAGCAAAGGCUACGUAGGAUGGAUCUGUCCUGGGCUUUGUCUCAGCCUGUAAAUGCCCAAUGUUCACCUACCUUUGGUGGGUGGGUGUGUGUGUGUGUGUACAUGUGUACGUGUGUGUGUGUGUGUGUGUGUGUGUGUGUGUGUGUGUGUGUGUGUGUGUGUGUACAUGUGUACAGGUGCACUUGGAUUCCCAGAAGAGGGCGUCACAACUGGAGUUAAGGUGGUUGAGAGCCAUCUGAUAUGGGUGCUGGGAACUGAACUUAGGUCCUCUGGAAGAGCAGGAAACACUCUUUUUUAAAAAAUAUUUAUUAUGUAUACAGUGUUCUGCCUGCAUGUGUGUGUGCAGGCCAGAAGAGGGCACCAGAUCUCAUUACAGAUGGUUGUGAGCCACCAUGUGGUUGCUGGGAAUUGAACUCAGGACCUCUGGAUGAGCAGCCAAUGCUCUUAACCACUGAGCCACCUCUCCAGCUCUUGACUUUAAAAGUAUUUUGUGUGCAUGCCAUGGUCCCUGUGUGGAGGUUAGAGGACAACUUUUGGGAAUUGGUUCCUUCUGCAGUGGUUUCUAGGGAUCAACCUCAGCUCGCCAGGCUUGCAUGGCAAGUGCUUUUACAGGCUGAGGUGUCUGUCUCGUCUGUUUGUUUUUGAACAUGGGUUCUGGGAACUGAAUGUAGGUCCUCAUACUUGCCGGGCAAAUGCUUAAUCAACUGAGAUAUCUCUUCAGUCCCAUCUGGAUCUUGCUAUGUCUCCUGUUUCCAACAGAUUGCUUGUGGCUGAGGGACAUUUUUCAUCUUGUGGAGAUGGGGAGCAGGUAACUGGUCACCCUUGACAAGCAAGGCUUAGGGCUUGUCCUCAGGGGUUGAGGGUCUCUCCUGGUCUUGUGAUAUUUUUGCUUUCAUGGGGCUUGCUGGGACACUAAUUUUCUCAGAAACACAGUGACUGGGGUCCAAAAAGACAUCUUGUCCCUUGUAGGCCUGGCUGACUAGACAAAGGCCUAGACGGCCUCCUUUAUUCCCUGGGGGCCUUCCAGGACAGAAUGAACAGAGUGGUUCUUGAAAUGUGGGCAGGUGACACAGAUGGCUUUUGUAUAAGGAAGCAGUGGCCAUUCUCCCCCAGAAUGCCUUCUUCCCUCAGGACACACAUCCAAGGACUUGUUGAUCCAACCACACAGGAUUUGCUGCGUGGAAAGAAGCCAACGGCUUAAUCAUAAGAAUGAGACCAGCUUGCAGAGCCAAGGGCCUCAUCCAACUGGGGGCUGGGCUCACAGGAGCCUAGGGUACAGGAUCUCUACAGGGAGUGGAGUGGCCCUGGGGUGGGCUCCUAUAGUCAGUCCCCCAGGAGAACAGAACAACUGGGGGCACGUAUAAGGGUGAGGACAGGCCACUAAAGCAGUGACUUCUGUCAGGUGCCACCUUCACCUCCCUCAGGGGACUCUGGUGUGUUCCCGAGGGAGAACAGGCUGCCUGCCACUCACUCCUGGCAGCCCGGUGUUACCCCACAACUGUAUCCCAACCAACUGUAGUCUCUGGGUGCUGGUGCAGUCUCAGACAACAGUGGAAAUCUCUGCUUUUGUAGCUGCACGAAGGCUUUUCUGGGACCCAGAGCAAUUAGGGGGAUGGGCUGUCUUUGGGGAUUCUAGGCUCUCGUGCUGGAAGCCACAGAGUCCUCUGACUAGAUGCCCAUGCAGGUGGGAGUGUCCUGAUGCUGCAUCUGAUUUGUGAAGCUUUCUGUCUCCUUGUCUUUAGUACCCUGGGGAAGCGGCACUGUGUGUAUGUGUUUGUGUGUGACUGGGUUUUGCUCUGUAACCCAGGUUAGCUUUGAACUCAUGUAAAUCUCUCUGCCUCACCCUUCCUCCGGAGUACUAGGAUUAUAGACAUGAGCUGCCACACACCUCAAAGGAAGUGGCUUUAACACAAACCCAGAAGUCUUUCGGAAGAAGCAGCUUUUGAAUCUGUUUUCUGAAUCAGGCUUGGGCAGGAUCUCAUGGGAUGGAGCUCACAUACAUGGUUAGAACCCCCAGAGGUUGCUUGCCUUAAAUCAGCAUGUGUGUGCACAUGUAUGUGUACAGUGUGUGCAUGUUUGUAUAUACAUGGGUGUGCGUAUCUAAUCAUCUAUCAUCCAUCCUUUUGUUUUAAUUUCUUGUUUAUUGAUGUAUAUUCACUGUUCUUUUGCUGGGUCUCAUAAAGACAUUGUCUCCCAAGUGCAUCAUGUACUUUGACUGUAUUCAUCCUCUGCCCUGUCCUUUCUCCCUUCCUCUCCAACUCCCCUUCUUUCCCUCAGUCUUGCUCACAUCUUAUUUUAAUCCUUAAACACUAUGCUUAUGAAUAAUCUGUGCUGAUGAAAUUGGUUUAUCUCCACGAAGAGUCUGGGUCACUGAGUUGGUGUUUAGUUCAGUAUCAUGGGAAAUUACACACAUAAAAGAAGUUGAACAGUUCAUGUGGUGGCUAGGUAAUAUGUGUGUUUUUGUUUUAUAUAUCAGUUUUUAAAAAUUAAAAAAAUACUUGAGUAAAGUCUAAAAUAUGAAGAGAUUAUCUUUAGAAAGUGGUUUUUUAUUUUCAUUUUUAUACUUCUAUAUAUACCAAGAUAUCCCCCUGCCAACCAGUGUUGAGGCUUGGGCCAAGGCUUAGCACAAACUAGGAAAACAUGCUAACGUUGAACUACGUCUCCAGCCCCUGUUCACUUAUUUGUUUUAACAUUCAUUUUCUUGUAUGUGUAUGGGUGCCGCAGCGUCUGUGUGUGGUCAUAGAAGAACUGGCAGUCAGUUCUCUCCUCCCACCAUGUGGGGGUUGUGGAUCAAACUCAGGUCAUCAGGUUUAGCAGCAAGCACCAAUACUUCCCUCUUACUUUUUCUCAGCACCUGGAGAGAGAAACCAAGACCUGGAGGGACAGGUUCUUACUGGCUUGCCUCUACCAGGCUGACCUUGAAUUCACUCUAGCCCAAGCAAUCUCGAACUUGCAAUCCUCCUUUUUCAGCCUCCUGAGUAGUGCAGGCCUGCAUUACCGUGCUCAGCCAUUUUACAUUUUUUUUGUGUGUGUUUUUUUUUGUUUUUUUGAGACAGGGUUUCUCUGUGUAGCUUUGCGCCUUUCCUGGGACUCACUUGGUAGCCCAGGCUGGCCUCGAACUCACAGAGAUCCGCCUGGCUCUGCCUCCUGAGUGCUGGGCUUAAAGGCGUGCGCCACCACCGCCCGGCUCAUUUUACAUUUUUAACACUUUUUUCCAGUGUCGGGGAUGGAAUAUAGGGCCUAGUAUAGAGCUAGUGAAGUGCUCUCCUUUGAGUCCCGUCCCCCGCCCACCACCACCCCUGCCCAUCUGAUCUCCUUUUAAAACUUUUUUCACAAAGGAUUAUUUUUAUUUUAUGUGUGUGACUAUUUUGUCUACAUGAAUGUUUGUGCACCAUGAGUGUGCCUUGGUACCUGCAGAGGUCAGAAGAGGGUUUGCAUCCCUGGAGUCACAAAUAGCUGUGAGCCACCACGUGGGUGCUGGGAAUCAAAUCCUGGUCUUCAAAAGCAACAGAUACUCUUAACUGCUGAGCCAU